AUCCACGCACCGGAGCCCAGCCCAAGUCCCAACCAAGCUCACCUCAACUCCUUCGGGUUCGAUUCGAUCGGCGAUCAUCUUCAUCAUUCAUCUCGUUGAGCUGCAACUUCGACGCCCGAAUCAUGUCGACGGAGGCUCCUCCUCCUCCUCCGCCCUCUACUGAAUCAUCAAUCGACGGUUCAGACGCUCUGAGGUCCCCUCUCAUAUCUUCCCCCUUCUUGCCCCUCCAAAAGCUACAGGAGGUGAUGCCGGGAUUGACGUCACAAUACAAAAUUUAUGAGGAUGCCUUUGUGCAGAAAGUUAAAGAUGGGCUUUUGAUCGUUCGAGAGAACCCAGCUGCAUCAGGUGGAAUUGCUGUUGCUUCUGGACUGCUCCUCAUGCGAGGUCCUAGGAGAUUUCUGUUUCGGAACACUUUAGGACGAUUACAAAGUGAGGAGACUAAGAUUUUAAAAACUGAAGCCAGUUUGAAGGAACUCAGUCAGUCGGUCGAAAAACUGAAGAAAGAGAGCAAAAAUAUGAUAUUGAGGACUGGCUUUGGUGAAGAGGAACUUCUACGAGGACGCACUAAAAUUAGGGAUGCAGGGCAUGAGAUUCAAAGGCUUUCAAAAUCCGUUUAUAAGAUUGAAUCUCAAGCGGCAGAUUUGAUGGAUGGACUACGGGCAAUGCCUGGGAGAAGUGCCCUCAAACUUCGAGCAGAGGUGGCUUCUAUGGCAUCUGAUCUCAAACAGCAGAGGCGUGAUCUGAACAAAAAGAUACUGAAGAUAGCAGAACUAGGGAUUCGAGUUUGAUUCAAUAACUCCUGUUUAUCUUUUCUUAUGGGCAUCAUUUAAAACCCCGACAUAAAUAAAAUAACGAAGCUUACUCAAUGCCUAAAUGCAAUUGCUUCUCUAGCUGAUUGCAUGAAUUACUUCUACAAUGGCAAAUUUUGCAGCACCAAUUUGUAAUGCAUUUUUUCCCGCUUGCAAUGAGUUUUUUUCCUUAUUGUAAAGCUUUGUUAGCAAGGCCAUCAGUAGCAAUUGUGUCCACCGAGACCGAAACUUUGAACUUUGAACUGUGAAGCUGCUGAUUUAAAUUUUAUCUGAAUGUAAUUGUGGAUUUAUUGUAAGGAUAAAUGUCGAGAUAAAGGAUAAAUUUUUGGAGCUUGAAGUAAUUCUCGAGUUGGAUUGA